AUGUAUAUUGGUAUUGGUGUACAUUUUUGGACCAGGCACCAGAUUCCUGUAUUUGGUAUUUUUAGACCAGACGUCAGGCAUGGUCCAAAUGUUGUGUUAUUAUUAACUUUUGGUUUAAAGCAUACUCAGAACUAG